AAAAGCUCUAUUUCCCCUCCAGCCGCCAUCUUCCUUGACUUAGGAUUCAAGGCAAAUCCGGUAGCAACCCCGCAGUCUCGCAAUGCGCUUCACGGCGAAGACAGUGGCCUUGCUGGCAUCCAGCAUACCCACUACGCUAGGACAGCAUGUCCGGGAUCUGAGCAAUGAAAAAUGGACUCUCAGUAGCGAAGCCUUAAACCGUACUGUACCAGGAAGCUUCCCAUCCCAAGCCCAUUUGGAUCUAUUGAAGGCCGGCGUGAUCGAUGAACCAUACCAUGGUCUCAAUGAUUUCAAUCUUCGUUGGAUUCCCGAGUCUAAUUGGACCUACACUAGUGAUGGAAUCAAAGAUUUACUAAAGGAUGCUAAGUCUACCUGGCUUGUGUUUGAUGGACUGGAUACUUUUGCGACUGUUGAAUUUUGCGGGAAACACGUUGGCUCCACAAAUAAUCAAUUUCGGCAAUAUUCUUUUGACGUCUCUCAGAUUCUGAAAGAUUGCAAAGAGGAUCCCGUCUUGAGCCUUAACUUUGGAAGUGCGCCAAAUAUUGUGAAUGCAAUUGCCGAGAGUCCUAACUCAGCAGUGUGGCCUGAUGGAAUACAGCAGACUUAUGAAUACCCGAACCGAUGGUUCAUGCGCAAGGAACAGUCGGACUUCGGGUGGGACUGGGGACCUGCCUUUGGGCCUGCCGGGCCCUGGAAGCCUGCUUAUAUCGUGCAAUUGCAAAAGGCUGAAAGUCUGCAUGUCUUGAAUACAGACUUCGAUAUCUAUCGGAAAGGACAGAUCAACUAUCUCCCUUCUGAUCAAAGUCAGCCAUGGGUUGUUAAUGCAAGCAUCGACGUUUUGGGCUCUUUCCCACGUAAUCCAUCCAUGUCCAUCGAAUUCAAAGACAUCAAGUCCGGCAACAUCCUCACGUCGAAGCGCAUAAGCAAUGUGACUGUGUCUGGAAAUUCCGUCACUGGUGUCACGGUCCUUGAUGGAGUGACUCCGAAGCUCUGGUGGCCACUGGGUAUGGGCGACCAAAAUCUCUACAACUUAACAGUCACUGUUACUGGCAAUCGGAACCAAACUUUAGCCAGCGUUACUAAGAGAACGGGCUUUCGCACUAUCUUCCUCAAUCAACGGAACAUCACAGAUACACAGCUUGCACAAGGCAUUGCACCGGGUGCUAACUGGCAUUUUGAAGUCAAUGGGCACGAGUUCUACGCCAAAGGUUCCAACCUUAUCUCACCAGACGCUUUUUGGCCGCGGGUUACAGAGGCACGAAUGGCCCGAUUAUUCGAUGCAGUUGUUGCCGGAAACCAGAACAUGCUCCGUGUUUGGUCAUCUGGCGUAUAUCUCCAUGAUUUCAUUUACGACUUAGCUGAUGAGAGGGGCAUUCUUCUGUGGAGCGAAUUUCAAUUCACCGAUGCGCUGUACCCCGUUAAUAAUGCGUUCUUAGAUAACGUCGCCGCUGAAGUCGUAUACAAUGUUCGGCGUGUCAAUCAUCAUCCCUCGCUGGCGUUAUGGGCGGGUGGAAAUGAGAUCGAGUCCCUGAUGCUCCCAACGGUCAAGGAUAAGGCUCCCGAGGAGUAUGCGAAAUAUGUUGGGGAGUAUGAGAAGCUGUACAUCAGUCUCAUCCUUCCUCUGGUGUAUCAGAACACCCGGUCCAUCACGUACAGCCCUAGUAGCACGACAGAAGGUUAUCUCGAAAUCGACCUGUCAGCUCCCGUGCCCAUGGUGGAACGGUAUCACAACAUCACGGAUGGAUCAUACUAUGGCGAUACGGACUUCUACAACUAUGACAGCAACGUUUCUUUCAACUACCAUGUCUACCCAGUAGGGCGCUUCGCCAAUGAAUUCGGGUAUCACAGCAUGCCUAGUCUCCAAACCUGGCAGCAAGCCGUUGACCCCCAAGAUCUGCAUUUCAACAGCAGCACUGUCAUGCUUCGCAACCAUCACUAUCCAGCCGGCGGUACCUUCACAGACAACUUCCACAACACAUCCCUAGGCAUGGGCGAAAUGACAAUCGCAGUACAACGGUACUACCCGAUCCCCAACAAAGUAGACUCCAUCGCCAACUUCAGCGCUUGGUGUCAUGCAACCCAGCUGUUCCAAGCCGACAUGUACAAAUCAGAGAUUCAAUUCUACCGUCGUGGAAGUGGAAUGCCCGAGCGCCAACUCGGCUCACUCUACUGGCAGCUAGAAGAUAUCUGGCAAGCACCGUCAUGGGCCAGUAUUGAGUACGGCGGAAGAUGGAAGGUCCUCCACUACGUCUCCAGAGAUAUAUAUCAGCCCAUAAUCGUCUCCCCAUUCUGGAACUACACCACGGGCGACCUGGAACUCUACGUUACGUCGGACCUGUGGAAAUCAACAGCGGGUAAGGUCAACCUAACCUGGGUGGACCUGUCAGGCCAUCCCCUCCCCCACAAUGCAGGCACACCGGGCUCCGUUCCCUUCAACGUGGGAGCACUUAAUACUACCAAGGUGUAUAGCGCCAACGUAAGGAGCCUUACCCUCUCCAAUCCGAAAGAUGCCGUUCUCGUUCUCUCCCUGUCAGGCGAGGGACAUCUGCCCAACUCGGACGAGAAAACUACUUUCAUCCACCAGAACCACUUCACUCCUGUUUUCCCCAAGGAUCUGGCUCUGGUGGAUCCCAAGCUCGAACUAUCAUAUGACCCCCGGUCAAAGAAAUUCACAGUAGAGGCUAAAUCGGGUGUCUCGCUAUACACAUGGCUUGACUACCCGGCCGGUGUGGUGGGGUACUUCGAGAAGAACGCUUUCGUGUUACUUCCGGGACAGAAGAAGGAAAUUGGCUUUACAGUUCAGGAAGAUAACACCGAUGGAAAGUGGGUGAUGGGGGUUACGGUGCAGAGUUUGUGGAACCAGACACUUGAUAUCUAGCUUGAGUCUAUAGCAUGUGGCCACUAAUUUCAGAAUGAAUUAAUAUGCGAAGCAACCACUCAACCACAUGUGAACGUUGUCAUAAGUAAUUAUAGGAAAAUAAUC